AUGGCCAUACGGAGCUUAGAUCUUUCUCAGACUCCUCCCUCUCCCCUCCCACCCAAGAAACCUGCCACCAAAAUUCCACCAUCAAACUCCCUCCCCCAUCUCCUAUCCCUCACCUUCUUCACCAAGAAGCAAAGAAUCUUCCUCAUUAAUUGCUCCAAUUCUCUUUCUUCGCCUCUUCUCGAAGACCCAUCCAGUGAUCUCCAAAUCGUCCCACUCGCCACCGACGAGCCUAAUGGAUUCAUACGGCGAUUAUCGGAGAACCCUCAGACUGAAUCUCCGGCGUUUGAAUACUACCAGAAGGCCAGAGACAACCCGAAUUUCCGACCCGAUCGGAAAACAUUAAAUCUUUUGACCAAUCGACUGCUCAGGGAAAAGCAAUGGAGCUCGAUUUCUCGUCUCGCAGAGGAUUUCAAGGCUUUCGACGUGUUUCCAGAUCAGCGCACUUGCGCUCGACUGGUCAGGAGCUGCAUCAAAGCACGAAAGUUCAGGCUCGCCGAGUCUCUGCUCGGAAUUCUCCGAACCAAGAGAGGGGCCGCUGCAAUCUCCGCCUUCGGCUCCGCAAUGUACGGUUACAACAAGCUCCACAUGUACAGCAGCACGGUUUCGGUGUUCAAUAAAAUGAGGGCCGCUGAUCUGCAUCCCAGCGCACUCUCUUUCCGGUGGAUCAUGGAAGCGUGUCGAGAAAUGGGCGACACCGAAAUGGUUCUUUCUCUUCUCCUCGAAUACAGAUCCACGAAAACAGAUGAUCCGGCUCUCUCCGUUAUAAUCUAUUUGAUCGUGUGUGAUUCGUUAGGAAGGUCGGGGAGAGCUUUCGAAGCUCUUCGAUACAUUAGAGAGAUGGAAGAAGAGGGAAUGUCUCCGAAUUCUUCGAUCUACGCAUCUCUAAUAAGCUCUUUUGCAGGUGUUAAGGAAGCCGAGAUAGCGGAAGAUCUCUUCCGAGAAGCUCGAGAAAGGGGAAUGGUGAGAGACCCAGCAGUCUUUCUGAAGCUAGUGACGAUGUACGUGGCAGUCGGGUCGGCGGCGAAAACAGUAGGAAUUGUGAAGGAGAUGAGGGAGAUUGGAUUAAAGGUGUCAGAUUGCGUAUUGUGUGCUGUUGUUAACGGCUUUGUCAAGGAAAGAAGGCUUAGGUCUUCGCUCAGAGCAUUUGAGGAAUUGAUUUCCUUAGGAUGCGAGCCGGGCCAAGUUACAUAUGCCUCAGUAAUCAAUGUGUAUUGCCGCCUCGGACUCGCCCCGAAGGCCGAGGCUUUGUUUUCAGAGAUGAUGGAGAAGGGUUUCGACAAAUGUUUAGUCGCCUACUCUAACAUGAUUUCGAUGUACGGGAAGAUGGGAAGAGUAUCGGACGCCACGCGACUUUUGGCUACAAUGAAACAAAGAGGAUGCGAGCCGAAUGUUUGGGUGUAUAAUUCUCUUUUAGACAUGCACGGUAGGCUGACGAACUUGAGGCAGGUGGAGAAACUGCGGAAGGAGAUGAAGCGAAGGAAGAUAACUCCAGAUAAGAUCAGCUACACGAGUGUAAUUGGCGCAUACAGCAAAGCAAAGAAGUUAGACGAUUCCGUCGGUUUAUAUCAUGAGUUUAGGGACGGCGGGGGAAAAGUCGAUAGGGCCUUGGCUGGUAUUAUGGUUGGAGUCUUUUCGAAGAGUAGUAGGUUUGACGAGUUAAUCGAAUUGCUGCGGGAGAUGAAUACGGAGAAAACUGGGCUCGAUAGAAGGCUGUAUGAGUCCGCCUUGAAUAGCCUUCGAGAUGCAGGGCUUCAAGUUCAUGUGCGGUGGCUCGAGAAUAGUUUCGGUUUCAAGGUAGAUGAGACUUGA